AUGCUAAACUCCCUACAGCCAUCGCGCUACAACUUAGCGCUGAUUCAAGAACCGAACAUCAACUUCAGGGGCGUCUCCAGGACGAACUAUCACUUCACGUUGGUAUACCCCACCACGCACAGCCUGGACCCCAAGGCAACACAAUCCCUUAUACUGGUCAGGACAUCAAUACCAUCUGCCAAGUGGACAAAAAUCAAAAUCCACUCCCCCGACAUCACCGCUAUAGAACUACAAACCGAUCAACGCACAAUACGCAUUAUGAACAUAUACAACGACUGCAGACACAACAAAAGCCUGGAGGCAAUAGCCGCAUACAUCGCUGAUCCACAGAACCAACCCACAUCAGAUAGACAGCUAUCAUACAUAUGGGCCAGAGACUUCAAUCGACACCACCCGAUCUGGGACAAAGAAUGGAAUCAUCACCUCUUUACAAACCGUAAUCAACAACUUGCGCUAAAACUUCUACAGAUGCUCAGCCGACACAAAAUGGCGAUGACAUUGCUGAAAGACAUCCCCACGCUUAAGGCGCAUGCAACAGGGAACUACACGUGCACAGACAAUGUCUUCUGCUCAGAAGACAUGGCGGAGAACUUCAUCACAUGCGGAACGGCCCCUACACUACACCCCACAAAAACGGACCACAUCCCGAUCCUAUUCUCCUUCCACCUCGACGUCGGAAACAGAACCUUCAAGACUGAACUGGAGAGCGACGGAUUGGCAGGAAUUCAGGAAAACGCUAGAGGCCGAACUCGCACGACGCCUGCAGAACGCUUUCUUGAGAGCCAUAGCAAGUGUAAAGAAGACCCAUUGGGACAAAUGGCUCAACAGGCUGACAGAGGCAGACAUAUGGAACACACAAAAGCUCGCAGAAGGGCCCCCCACGGACGGUGGCAGAGUGCGUAUUCCCAAUGGUUGCUUCAAAAUGACACCUGA